AUGAAGAUGUUGAGAGGCAGGUGGAGAUCACAAAAUAACACAUGGAGGUUAAGAAAAAAUGGUAAUGCGAAAAGAGAGAGCAGGCGUGUAAGAAAAAAUACUGAAAUGGCAAAGAAAAAGAAGGAGAGAGUGGCAGCAGUAAAUUUUUUAAUCAAAGGCGGUGAUGAAUAUAUUAAUAGAUACCCUAUACAACAAGUAUUGAAAAUAUUAAAAAUUAGUGAUUACCAUUCUGAGGAGUGGGAAGAGACUGACAAAGAGUAUGAAUAUGAAGAAAAAUUGUUUGAAGGAGAUUACGAAAGAGAGUAUGAAGAAGCCACCUUUGCAAGAAGUAGUAUUAGUAAUAGAUCUGUAACAUUUACAAACGCAAAUGCUACCAAGACAACAUCCUUUUAUGUAAAAGAUAAGUGGUGGAGAUCAAAUGCACUUAAAAAACUACUUCAUGAAAGAAUCGACCCUACAGUAGAAAGAAAUCGAAAACCACCACGAAGAAACGGACAAGAACAAAAAUCACGAAUUAAAUCAACUCAAAUAUUGGGAAAAACUGAAAGCGAGAUACCAAGCGAGGCACCACUUUGGACCCUGAACAUGGAAGCUCUACAAAUGAAUAAUUGGGAAAAUCAU